AUGGAAAAAAUAAAUAACUCAUUGGUGGAGUUUGUCUUAGAGGGAUUUCAUGGAAAUAAUACAUUCCAGGCCUUUCUAUUUACAAUAUUGCAUCUGGUCUACCUUGUUACUUUAGCAGGGAAUGGAAUAAUCAUUUUUAUUAUAUGUGCUGACCAUCGUCUCCAUUCACCCAUGUACUUUUUCUUGGUCUGCCUUUCAUUCAUGGAAACAAUAGGUAUUUCUGCAGUUGACUAUAAACUCUUUGCCAUCUUCAUUACAGCUGAUCACACUUUUUCUAAAUCUGGAUGUACAACACAAUCAUUCUUUUACUUUUUUUUAUCCUCGACUGAUUUUCUUUUACUGACUGUAAUGUCUGUUGAUCGCUUUGUGGCUUUAUGUUUCCCUCUCAGGUAUUCUUCUAUUAUGAGGCUCAGUUUAUGCAUAAAGAUGGUUGUUAGCUGUUUUGUUAUUUCAUUCCUCUGUAUUCUUUAUCCUACAUUUACGCUAUCAAGAGCUCCAUUUUGCGGUAAUGUGUUAGACCAUUUUUUUUGUGAUGGUGCUGCCAUGAUGAAGUUGGUCUGUAUAGACAUCAGCUUUAUCAAACUUUCAAAUUUUAUAAGUUCUUUUAUCAUUUUAAUUGUACCUUUAGUAAUCACAUCAAUUUCAUACAUUUUCAUUGUAUCCACAGUUAUAAAAAAUGCGAUCAGCUAA